GUUUGCAGUUUUUCAUCUCUGCUCCAGCCUGGUACUGCAAACUGUGUGCUGUUUGGAUGGGCGACCUUCACUGUGCUUCAUUCCAUCUGAAGUCUAAACUUCAUGCAACCAAAUACCAUAACUUCAUCAAGGAGAACGAUGGAUGGGAGUCAAAUUGGCUUUCUGAAAGAGAGCAAGCCUAUGAGCGCUUGUCUGAGGUCAAAGAAGAGAAAAAAUCAGACGGACAUCAGGUGAUCAAGAAGUCAGAAUCAGCUGAGCAGCCGAUUAAAGAACGGCAGUCACGUCAAGAAAGAUUUGAUAAAUCCGAAUCGAAAGGAAAGAAGCGGCGGUCGUGUAGUGGAUCAAGUAAUGGUUCUGCAGACCGUAACCAAGACAUAGAAGCUACUGGUGGUUGGGUUAAAGAAAGACGAAUUGAUAAUGACAAAGAGAGAGCCAGACAGAAGGAGAAGGAACAAGCUCGCAAUCGUGCGAGAGUGAAAGAAAGCCACGACCGGGACUCUGAGACAGACAAAUCGAAGAGUAUUAGAGUUGCGAUGAGGAACAAGAGUAAUGAUAAAUCGGAGGACCAUCCAGUCAUUGCACCAUCUCAAUUGAAAAGUAAAUGGGAUUCUCCAGAUCGUAAGAAUGGCGCCAGUCCUCGACCCUCCGGAGGUCGCCAUGCAAAUGCACCUGACGACCGGAUGAUGAGAGAGUGGCUACCUGUAGAAGAAUCAGAGAACCAAAUGUUGAACAACUUGAAGGAUCGGGUGAAGCGCAAGCAUGAAGACAGUCACAAGGAGAGAGAGACUGACCGUGACCAGAAAGGCGACAAGGAAAAACCUCACAAGGACAGGAAGUUCUUCCCUGAGCCUCAGUUUGGAAGAAACAAGUUCACCCGCGACGUGACGCCCCCGAGGAACAGGAGGUCCAGGGGAGGGAAUGACGACUCGCGCUGGGAUGCCUCGGGCUUUGCGGCCCCGCCCGGCGCCAUCGUCCGGGAGAGCCCCCCACCUCACAGGCGAAUGAACGAAGGCAAAGGUCGCGAUCGCGACAGGGAAAGGGAUAGAGGUGAUCGGGACAGGGAACGAGAGCGGGAUCGGGAUCGGGAACGUGACCGAGAACCCCGAGACAGGGAUCGUGAGCGAGACCGGGACAGGGAUCACGACAGGCGGGAUAGGGGAAGAGACAGGGACGAAGACGGACGGCAUCCACCUCAAAGGGAAGAGGAAGACGAUGAGACGAACUUCGAGAAGCAGAGUGCCGAGUUCAGGAAAUCUGGAAGGAAACAGCAACCAGUGAUGACCAUUAAAUCCAAACUUCCAUUUAUUGGGAGGAUGCCUGUUUUCAAGAACUUUUCAAAGAAAGGAGCUGAUGACAAAUCUAAAGAUGAAAAUUCAUCACCCCCUAUGUCUCCUGGAGCCGACUCCACACCCGGUAAAAAUAUGUCGCCUGCUGUCGCCCUAACUCCUGAUGGUCUUUCAUUGAAAGACAGGGGUCCAGCCUCUACUCCUAGUGCCGCUCAAAUUAAUGCUAGUAUUAUGGAAUAUAGAGCAAAGCUUUUAGAUGGCACUGCUCGAACUGUGGAGUCGCCGACAAGUACUUUAGCCUCAGUUUCAACUGUUGCAGCACCUAUGCCUAAGUCAACUUUAAUUCUGUCUAAAACACCUGCUGUUUCAAUAGACAACUUAAUGAAGAAUAACAAAGAUUCUGACAUGAAGAUGCAACUGAAAAAGCUCUCCGAACAGAUGCAGUUGAUGGAAAAAGUGCAGGCCACACCGCACCCAACUGCUGAUGAGGCUGUUCCUAUGGAGUUAGAAGAGGAGGCGGAAUCAGGACCAGGGUUGUCAAAGGAUUUCCAAGAUGCACUGGAAAUUAUUUUCCCUGACCCUUCCAAACCCCAGGAAGAGAGGCCACCAGGAGAUGAUGAUUCCCCAUUACCUGAUGUCAAAAAUCCCCCACCUAAUCUCAUGCCAAUGCCAAAUCUCAGCAAUCCCCCUCCUGGUAUGAUUACUACUACCCCAAUGGGAGUUGAUGGAAUGUACCCCUCGAUGGAAAGUGCUCCAACCAUGAUGGGUGCGAUGCCGCCACCUGCAAUGGGCAUGAGCAUGGAUGGAACAAACCAGAAUGCCAGCCAACCUCCCAUGGGCAUGGGUAUGGAUGGGACCAUGCCAGGCCCACCAGGUAUGGGAAUGGGCAUGUAUGAUGGUCCACCCGGAACCUACCCUCCAGGCACGUAUCCGCCUGGGCCCAUGGGCCCGAUGGGCCCAAUGGGUGUACCUCCUAUGGGUGGUCCAAGAAUGGGCCCUAUGGGUCCUAUGGGACCUCCACCAAUGGGAAUGCCACCAAUGGGUCCUAUGGGUAUGCCAAUGGGACCUCCACCUAUGGGAGUGCCCCCCAUGGGUGGUCCAAGACCACCAUCAAUACCUGCCAAAAGCUCAAGUACGCUUGAUGCCGAUGACAUGGCAAUGCUGGGCAUUGACGCUGAUGAUAUCGGCGCGCAAGGAAUGUGAUUUAAUUGCACUUUUCUGUUACUGUGUUGAUGUUAUGCCUUGUUGUAAGCAAGAGUGAACUUAGCAUUAACAUUAAU